UAACGCCACGCUCUGUCUCCGUACUGCCAGCUACUAGCGGUCCCUACUUGGAGGAUCCCGCCGCCAACUGGAGAAACCACCACUACCGCCUGCCCAUGGCCGAGGAACUGGUCCUGGAGCGAUGUGAACUGGAGCUGGAGGUCAAUGGCCGAGACCACCACACAGCCGACCUGUGCCAGGAGAGGCUGGUGGUGCGGCGGGGCCAGCCCUUCUGGCUGACGCUGCACUUCGAGGGCCGUGGCUACGAGGCCAGUGUGGACCGCCUCACCUUCAACGCAGUGACUGGCCCAGCCUCCAGCGAGGAGUGUGGGACCAAGGCCCGCUUCUCACUGUCGGAUACUGUGGAGGAAGGCACCUGGGCAGCUUCUGUGGUAGACCAGCAGGACAGUGUCCUCUCGCUGCAGCUCAGCACCCCUGCCCAUGCCCCUGUUGGUCUGUACCGUCUCAGCCUGGAGACCUCCACUGGCUACCAGGGUUCCAGCUUCAUACUGGGCCACUUCGUCCUGCUCUUCAAUGCAUGGUGUCCAGCGGAUGAUGUGUACUUGGACUCAGACGAGGAACGACGGGAGUAUGUGCUUACCCAGCAGGGCUUCAUCUACCAGGGCUCGGCCAAGUUCAUCAAGAGCACACCCUGGAACUUUGGGCAGUUUGAAGAUGGGAUCCUGGACACCUGCCUGAUGCUCCUCGAUGUCAACCCCAAGUUCCUGAAGGAUGCCAACCGUGACUGCUCCCGCCGCAGCAGCCCGGUCUACGUGGGUCGAGUAGUGAGUGGCAUGGUUAACUGCAAUGAUGACCAAGGCGUGCUGCUGGGACGCUGGGACAACAACUACGGGGACGGCAUCAGCCCCAUGUCCUGGAUCGGCAGCGUGGACAUCCUGAGGCGCUGGAAGAGUGAAGGCUGCCAGCGAGUCAAGUAUGGUCAGUGCUGGGUCUUCGCUGCCGUGGCCUGCACAGUGCUUCGGUGUCUUGGUAUUCCCACCCGUGUUGUGACCAACUAUAACUCAGCCCACGACCAGAAUAGCAACCUGCUCAUCGAGUACUUCCGCAAUGAGUUUGGCGAGGUCCAGGGUGACAAGAGCGAAAUGAUAUGGAAUUUCCACUGCUGGGUGGAGUCAUGGAUGACUAGGCCUGAUCUUCAACCUGGAUAUGAAGGGUGGCAGGCCCUUGACCCCACUCCCCAGGAGAAGAGUGAAGGGACAUACUGCUGUGGCCCAGUUCCUGUUCGUGCCAUCAAGGAAGGUGACCUGAGUACCAAAUACGAUGCGCCGUUCGUUUUUGCCGAGGUCAAUGCUGAUGUGGUAGAUUGGAUCCAACAGGACGAUGGGUCUAUGCACAAAUCAGUCAACCACUCCCUGGUCGUGGGGCUGAAGAUCAGCACGAAGACCGUUGGCCGGGACGAGCGGGAGGACAUCACUCAUACCUACAAGUACCCAGAGGGGUCCCCGGAGGAGAGGGAAACCUUCACAAAAGCCAACCAUAUGAACAAGCUGACAGAAGUGAAGAAACCAGAGACAGAGAUGGCCAUGCGGAUCCGCGCGGGCCAGGGCAUGAACAUGGGCAGCGACUUUGACGUCUUUGCUCACAUCUCUAACAACACCUCCGAGGACCACGCCUGCCGCCUCCUGCUCUGUGCUCGCACUGUCAGCUACAACGGAAUUCUGGGUCCUGAGUGCGGCACCAUGGUCCUCGAUGUUGACCUGGAGCCCUUCUCCGAGAAGAGCAUCCCUCUCCGUAUCCUCUAUGAGAAGUACUGCGACUGCCUGACCGAGUCCAACCUCAUCAAGGUGCGAGGCCUCCUGGUCGAGCCAGCCUCCAACAGCUACCUGCUGGCCGAGAGGGACAUCUACUUGGAGAAUCCAGAAAUCAAGAUCCGGAUCCUGGGAGAGCCCAAGCAGAACCGCAAGCUGGUGGCCGAGGUGUCCCUGCGGAACCCACUCACUGUGCCCCUGUCCAGCUGUGUCUUCACUGUGGAGGGGGCCGGCCUGACCCAGGAGCAGAAGAUUGUGGAGAUCCCAGAGCCUGUGGAGGCCGGGGAGGAAAUCAAGGCAAGGGUAAACCUGCUGCCCCUCUAUGUGGGCCGUCACAAACUGGUAGUGGACUUUGAGAGUGACAAGCUCAAGGCGGUGAAGGGCUACCGGAACGUCAUCAUCGGCCCCUCCUAA